AUGGCCCACGGUGACCUGGAUGAGGAGAGUCUCAAUGACCUCUACAGCUGGGUGGAUGCCAUCCCUCUCUCCCGCCCCAAGAGGAACAUCACCCGCGACUUCAGCGAUGGAGUUCUGGUGGCCGAGGUGGUGAAGUUUUAUUUUCCCAAAAUGGUGGAAAUGCACAAUUAUGCUCCAGCUAAUUCCACCCAACAGAAGCUCUCCAACUGGGGACACCUGAACAGGAAAGUGUUGAGCAAAUUGAAUUUUUCCAUCCCCGAAGACAUCGUCCGGAAGAUUGCGCAGUGCACCCCUGGAGUGGUGGAGUUGGUGCUGAUGCCGUUGAGACAGAAGAUUGAGGAGAAGCAGAAGCAAGCCAAGAUGUCAAGCACCUCUUACCAGGACCGGCCGCCAACUCCUCUGGGCUGCUGCAGCCUUUGUUCCUUCCCGACUCCAAUGCCCCAG